AGAAACAAUUUUAACGUAUCAUCGACCAGUCCUCGAAAUGUUGAUUUUCCUCAGCAUUUUAUUGAUGACUUUGUCAAUGCUAGAAGCUCAACGUUGUGCUUCAAGACAUUUCAAAAACGUCAGUGUUGGAAAUGAAGCGUUGCGUCCAUCAGAGUUGAUUUCAAGUCACAAUAUCCACAGAUUGGGAGAGUGUCAUUUCCUGUGCAUUGAGAAAGAAAAUUGUUAUGGUUACAACUACAGAGUGAGACCAAGCAGUGUUUAUUCCGUAAACUGUCAACUUAGCAACCGCACAAAGAAGUGGAACAAAACAACGACUAAAUAUGGACCAUGGGUUUACUACGAGGAUGUUAAGGUCACAGAAGUUUCAGCUACAAGUUGUCUCAACUUGUACCAGAACGGUAAGAGAUCUGAUGGAAUUUACACAAUCAAUCCGGACGGUAAGAGUUCUUUUCAAGUCUGGUGUGAUAUGACAACCAAUGGAGGAGGAUGGACGGUGUUUCAAAGAAGACAAGAUGCAAGUGUAGAUUUUUUUCGUGGUUGGUCAGAAUAUAAAACAGGAUUUGGUUCUUUAAACGGAAAUUUUUGGCUUGGUUUGGAAAACAUUUUUCGCAUGACAAAAACUGGAAACAAGAAUUUAAGAAUCGACCUGACAGACUUUGAUGACUCAACAGCUUUCGCUCUUUAUUCCACAUUUUCUUUGGCCUCUGAGUCUGAAGGUUAUAAAUUGAACAUCGGAGGGUUUUCCUCGGAGAGUAAUGCUGGCGAUUCUUUGACAUCUACGCAUAACGGAAUGAAGUUCUCUACAAAGGAUCGCGAUAAUGAUCGGGAUGGUGGUAGCUGUGCUGCGCAUUGGAAAGGUGCUUGGUGGUAUAACAGAUGUCAUAGUUCCCACCUCAACGGCAAAUAUCUCAAUGCAGGUGACAGAUCUUGGAGUGGCAUCACCUGGGGCAACUGGAAAAGCGAUACGAGAUCUAUGAAAAAAACUGAGAUAAAAAUCCGCUGACCUCAAUUUUGAACUGUCAUGGUUGCAACGUUUACUCAGUACUGAAACUACGCACUAUAUAAUGUUCGUAAUUAAUUAAACAUCUCAAACAUAUAUCAUAAAUUCUUACUUCCUAUGCAAUCCUUUUAAAAAAGGAUAAUUUUAUUUCCCUGUCGUUUUUUAUCUUAGGCAGUGGAAUAGUGGUAUAUAAAGCUAGCUAGUCUGUUGUAGUCAAUGAAGAAAGGCAUGGAAACACUCACACACAAAGUAUCUUCAAGGAAAUUGAUUAUUUCUAACCUAUAUAUUUACCUUUCUC